CCAUCAUGCCAUAUUGCUGUCUUAAUUAAGCUAUGCAGAGAAUUAAUCUUAUGCUAAUGACGGAAUCCACGCCUAAUCUCAAGGCUAAUUCAAACGCCGGCCCAAGCCGGCUUUCAUUCAUUUUUAUUGCCCACCCAUUGUGCAUGAACAACACCUUUCAUUAAAACUUGUUUGAGAGACUCAAUUUAUCAAAAAACAUGACAUAAAAAAUCAAAAUAAUAGUAAAGUAUAUUAAUUUUUUUCUAUUAAAAAAUCAGAUUACUAAGUCUUAUUAUUAUUAUUUUUUUGAUACGUAGGACAAUCUCCAUGGAGAACUACUCAAACCAUAGUGCUCUUGGUCCGAAUAUGAAAUUAGAAAUAUAAAUUAAUUAAGUGAUCAAUCAUUGUUAGCACAAUUUUGUCCUUAUUAUCAAUGAAAUCCAUUUCAGAAGAUGCUUAUACUCUUUCAACAGUAGGUUGGCAGUAAUGGAGUUUUGAACUGCUCUUCAUCUUCUUCCUGAAAGGAAAGGAAAAGAAAGAAAGAAACUAGGAGUAAUGGCUGGUAACCAUAGGUUUAAAAUGGAAGCAAAUGAUAUAGUUGGAUCACUGACCUCCAUUGUUGGGAGUUUCAUCCAAGAUAGACUGAUAGACAAAGAGCAGAGGCUCCGACACAAGGAGCAGUGCGCGGAGAGAUUAGCAGCUGAGAACGGAAGCCCUCACAACGACACAGAGGUCCGUUACUCUGAUCAAGCAGUUCUAGCAAAUCUUGACUGGGGGAUCGAUGCCCUUGAAGAGGCGAUCAGCACUUCCCAUGUGGAGACCAAGAUGGCACGUCUAGACUAUGCUGAGAAGAUGCUGCAAGUGUGUGCAUUGCUAAAUUCGACCCAACAAACAGCUGGAGUCCCUAACUCCUACCUCUCAGCUUGGGCUCAUCUGAACCUAUCAUACUUGUUGAAGUUGAGGAAUGAGAGUCACAAUGCUGUGCUUCACAUUCUUGAAAUGUUCAUCGUUGAACCCUUUUUCUCGCGUAUUGAUUUUGCUCCCGAGCUUUGGAAAUCCAUUUUCCUGCCCCAUAUGAGCUCCAUCCUUGGGUGGUAUACAGAGGAGAGGAAAAGCAUAGUGAUGGAUGUGAUCCCGGAUUCCUCGGACCUGUCCUUCACCGUUGAUUUUGACGAGUCUCUACUGUUAUCCGUGAGGCCCGAGCAAGCAGAGAGAAUCCAGCAACUGGAACAGCUCUAUGGUCAAUCUUUGGAUGAGAAUACAAGGCUAUAUGCAAAGCACUAUAAAGAAUGCAUGAACUAUGAUGCUGCCACCAGCAGGAGGGUGGUCCCUAUGUUGCCAAUUGCAGAGCCUCCCACGACUCCUCUGCACGACUUCAGCAGUCGUUCAAUUCCAGAUUACGUAAAAUUUGGUCCAAUCUUGCCCAAGAGUGCUGGUUUUCCUAUUAGAACGAAGGCCGUCUCCACCUCAGAAAAUGUAGAAGACUCUGCUGGCUGGGAUGUUGUGGACGAGAUUCCAGAGGAGUGCGAAGAUUCAGAUGGAUGUAUGGAAGCCAUGGAGAGAUCAAAAGAAAAGGAUGAUGACAUUGUGUCAGUUUUGAGCAGCAGAAGCAUCAGAUCAAGCAAGGAGGUGGAGAGGCAAAGCGUAAGGGCUACCAGUCGAAGACAAUCUCCUCAUAAUAGCUCUCCAACAGAUUCUCCUACAACUCCUUGCUCGAGGACUUCAUCUCCAAAAUCAGCCAAAAGCUCAGGAAAGAUGCAGACAUCUAUGCUCCGCCUUCUCUCCACCCGUGCAAUGGACUCAGUUUCCAACUCUUUGCCUAUAUUAUGUAAUGACAACUCAAGCAUUAGCUCAACAGAGACUGAUGAAGAAACGACAGAACAGAUCAAAUCUCCGAGGAAAAGCACUCAUCACACACCAUGCGAGAGACAAGCGCUACCAAAGAGUUCGCUUAAUCAAGGUGAAGAUGGCAGCCUGAGCUACAUGUCAUCUCCAACAUCUGAGAUGUUGACUCCUAAGUCAAGGCCGCCAAAGGACUUUGUAUGCCCUAUCACUGGCCAGAUUUUCAAUGAUCCUGUCACACUUGAGACAGGCCAGACGUACGAAAGGAGAGCCAUUCAAGAAUGGAUGAGUCGAGGAAACACAACUUGUCCCAUCACACGGCAGCCUCUAUCUGCAGCCUCACUCCCCAAAACCAACUAUGUUCUCAAGAGGCUAAUCACCUCUUGGACAGAUCAGCACCCUGAGCUUGCUCAGGAGUUUUCAUGCAUUGAAACACCGCGAAGUUAUACAAGCUGCAGCGACGUUCCUUCAUCUCAGGCAUCGACUCUUCCAAGCCAAAGAAACAUCACCAGUGAAGCUGAUCGCCGUAAGACUCAAAGAUUCACAAGAGCAGCUGUUGCAUUAUCAACGUCGCCUACCAGUGUAAUAUCUCAAACUUCCAAUGAAGCAGUGAUCAAUGUGUUGAAACCUUACAUUCUAUGUCUUUGUAACUCUGAGGACUUGCAAGAAUGUGAAGCUGCUGUUUUGGAAAUAGUCAAGAUUUGGUUAGAAUCCAAUGUGGGCUCAGGAAUUCACUCCUACCUAUCUUCACCAACUAUAGUGAAUGGAUUUCUUGAAAUACUGUCUGCUUCUCGGAACAAGGAAGUACUCAAAACAACCAUAUAUAUUCUGUCACAGCUGAUAUGUGCAGAUGAUCGUGUCGGUGAUCUGCUUACGAGCAUAGACUCUGACUUCUACUGCUUGGCUGAUUUGCUGAGGAAAGGACUCUCUGAGGCAGCACUUCUUGUGUACCUGCUGAGGCCGUCGUUUUCGCAGCUCUCUUCGCAUAACCUGGUAACCACUCUACUCCAUAUCAUUUCCAAGAAAAGUGAAGAUCAAAUUGGUUUCCAAUAUGCUGUAGCACCCAAAGAUGCUGCAAUGGCAUUGCUUGAACAAAUUGUUGCUGGUGGAGAUGAGAGUGAGAGAUCGCACAAUGCAAUGACUGUCAUAAAGGAGAAUGGGAUUCCUGCUUUGCUGAACUGCCUUAAUCAGGCGGAUGGAAGAGAGUCGAUUCUGUCGAUUCUUUUAUGCUGCAUCAGAAUUGAUACUGCAUGCAAGAGAACUGUAGCAAGCAAGAUUGAGUUGUCUCCAAUUCUUGAAUUAUUUCAUGGUGGGAAUGACAGUGUGAGAGGGAUAUGCAUAGAGUUUCUUUGUGAGUUGGUACAGAUGGGAAGGAGAACAUUCAGCAACCAGAUUUUGCAAAUAAUAAAGGAUGAAGGAACAUUUAGCACCAUGCACACCCUCUUGGUUUACCUGCAAAUGUCACCGAUGGUGCAGAAACCAGCCAUCGCCACCCUUCUUCUUCAGCUUGACCUGUUGACUGCUCCACGGAAGAUGAGCAUCUACAGAGAAGAAGCCAUGGAAGCAUUACUAGAAGCUCUUCAAAGAAAAGAUUUUCCAUCUUCUCAAGUCAUGGCUCUUGGCACACUGUCAUCUCUUUCGGGGCAUUUUGCUGGCUCUAAGAAGACAUAUAUGGAGUGUUGGCUACUAAAAAUCGCAGGAUUCGACCAGCCUUACAAUGCUAUGAUGAGAGGGGAAGAAACAAAGACCAAUGAAGCAGAAUAUGCUGAAAUUAGAGAAGAAGAGAAAGCAUCAAGAAACUGGGAGAAGAGGAUGGCAUUUGUGCUGUCAAACCAUGAGAAAGGGUUGAUUUUCAAAGCUUUGGAGGAAUGCUUAGUAAGUAACUCAAUAGAGAUUGCCAAGUCUAGCCUCAUCGUGGCUACGUGGCUCGUGUACAUGCUCUAUAGCUUUCCUGAUUGUGGCAUAAGAGACGUUGCACGCAAAUCCUUGCUUGAGAAAUUCAUCAGUGUGCUGCAAUCAUCAAAGAACCUCGAGGAGAAGAUACUGGCUGCCCUUGCCCUGCGAGGAUUUGUCAGUGAAACAAGAGGGCUGAAUGAGAUGGGGGCGUAUGCUAAAAGUAUAUGGAAGACGUUGAGGCGGCUUAAAAAGAGUUGCACAGUGGUUCAUGAUAUAAUGAAAGCAUUGAUGAACUUGCCCUAUAUGGAUGCUGCAGAGCUGUGGUCCUGUGUCGAAGGUCCUGAAUUGGAUAUGUCGAUGAAUGGGGAGAUCCUAUCGAUGCUCCAUAUUAGAAAUCGGCUUAUAAGCAGCCACUCUGAUGGGACUAUAAAGGUAUGGGACACUGGAAAAAGGGCUCCCCGACUGAUUCAAGAGGCGCGUGAGCACACGAAGGCUGUCACGUGCCUUUACGUUCCUCCUUCGUGCGACAAGUUAUACAGUGGAUCUUUGGACAAAACAAUCAGAGUUUGGACAAUCAGACAAGAGGAGAUUCAUUGUAUCCAAGUGCACGAUGUGAGGGAGGCAGUGGUGGCUCUAGCAGCCAAUGCUAGUGUGGCAUGCUUCUCAACUCAAGGAAAUGGAGUCAAGGUGUAUAACUGGUCAGGUGUUCCAAAAAACAUUAGCUUCAGCAACAAAGUGAAGUGCCUGAGACUGGAAGGCGACAAACUCUAUUGUGGUUGUUCUGGUUACUCUAUCCAGGAGGUGGAUUUGAAUACAUAUUCAUCAUCAGCAUUCUACUCUGGCGCCAAGAAGUUAUUAGGCAAACAAACAAUCCACUCCUUACAAAUCCAAGAUGGUCUUCUAUACGCCAGCGGCUCCACCGUUGAUGGUGUAGCCGGAAAGGUGUUUAAACUGUCGAGCAAGGCCGUGGUAGGAUCUUUGGCAACUGGUGUAGAUGUGCAACACAGCAGUGUUAACAAUGACUACAUAUUCACAGCCACAAAAUGUGGGAUCAUAGAAGUGUGGCUUAAAGAAAGAGUCACAAAGAUUGCUUACAUCAAAAUGGGAAGCGCAGGCCAUGCAAGAAUGACGUCAAUCGCCUCAGAUGCCCACGGCCAAAAGCUUUUCGCCGGAAUGUCUGACGGCAGGCUGCAGGUUUGGAGCUUGGACUAAUAAAAUUUUCUGAAUCAUCAAUUGCGCCACGCAGAUGUCAUCACUCUGCAUUUUCAAUUUUUGUUUCAACUUAAGGGUGUAAUCAGCUCGAAUUGCACUUGAUUAAAAAAAAUCACAAACUUGCUUCUGCUCAA